CCUUCCUCUCAACAUCUCAAAUUUUUCUUCAUUCUCCCUUCUUUGAAGGACCCAACAGCGAAAAAAGUUUCCUUCACUCCUCGACUGAUCUCACGGAUAACGAAACAACGGUCUGUUGUGUCGAGUUGUUUAUAUGAUUGGUUGUGCAGAUGGAUAGUGGAGAGAUAUACAGAGUGAGCAGUGCCCGUAUAAACAGCUCCAGCAUAUGGAGGAACAGCGCCAUGGAAGUUUUUUCGAGGUCGUCUCGAGACGAAGACGACGAGGAGGCUCUCAAAUGGGCCUCCAUUGAGAAGCUGCCUACUUAUUUACGUGUUAGGAGAGGAAUUCUGUCUCUAGAGGGUGAAUCUGCCAGAGAAAUUGAUGUUAAGAAUUUGGGGUUGCUUGAAAGGAGAAACGUUUUGGAGAGGCUUGUCAAGAUCGCUGAGGAAGAUAAUGAGAGAUUCUUGCUCAAGUUGAAGGACCGCAUGGAAAGAGUUGGGCUUGAUCUUCCUGCCAUUGAAGUUCGGUUUGAGCAUCUGGAAGUUGAAGCAGAGGCUCAUACAGCAGGCAGAGCUUUACCAACCAUGUUCAACUUUUCUCUCAACAUGUUAGAGGGGUUCUUGAACUACUUUCACAUCGUCCGAAGCCGAAAGAAUCAACUGUCGAUUCUUCAUGAUGUUAGUGGAAUCAUCAAGCCGGGAAGAAUGACUCUGCUUCUAGGGCCGCCGAGCUCCGGGAAGACGACAUUACUCAAGGCAUUAGCUGGAAAACUUGGGAAGGAUCUCAAAUUUUCUGGGAGAGUUACAUACAAUGGACAUGGCAUGAAUGAGUUCGUCCCACAGAGAACAUCAGCGUACAUAAGCCAACAAGACCUUCACAUAGGAGAAAUGACUGUAAGAGAAACCUUGUCUUUUUCAGCCAGAUGCCAAGGAGUUGGUCCACGUUAUGAUAUGUUGACAGAACUAUCAAGGAGGGAGAAGGCUGCAAAUAUUAAACCUGAUCCAGAUCUUGAUAUCAUCAUGAAGGCGGCAGCUUUAGGAGGCCAAGAGACAAACGUAGUAACAGAUUAUGUACUAAAGAUUCUGGGACUUGAAAUCUGUGCUGAUACAAUGGUGGGGGAUGAAAUGUUUCGAGGGAUUUCCGGUGGGCAAAAGAAGAGGGUGACGACCGGGGAGAUGCUGGUCGGACCGGCGAGAGCUCUUUUCAUGGACGAGAUUUCAACAGGAUUGGACAGUUCAACAACGUAUCAGAUUGUUAAUUCAAUGAGACAGUCCAUUCAUAUUCUGAAUGGAACUGCUCUGAUCUCUCUUCUUCAACCUGCCCCUGAAACUUAUGAUCUGUUUGAUGACAUUAUUCUGAUAUCGGAUGGACAAAUCGUGUAUCAAGGUCCUCGCGAAAACGUGCUCGAGUUCUUCCAACACAUGGGCUUCACUUGCCCCCAGAGGAAAGGAGUAGCCGACUUCUUACAAGAAGUCACCUCAAGGAAAGACCAGGAACAGUAUUGGGCUAACAGAGACGAGCCUUACAGUUUUAUCAGUGUGGAGGAGUUUUCUGAAGCGUUUCAGUCAUUUCAUGUGGGGAAGAAGCUUGGUGAUGAGCUUGCUACUCCAUUUGACAAGUCUAAAAGCCACCCUGCUGCUUUAACAACCAAAAAGUACGGUGCUAGCAAGAAGGAACUAUUGAAAGCUUGCAUUUCAAGGGAGCUUUUGCUUAUGAAGAGGAACUCAUUUGUCUACAUUUUCAAGUUGACUCAACUCAUUCUGAUGGCUUUCUUGACAAUGACCUUGUUUUUCCGGACCGAGAUGCACCGGAAGACAGUGGACGAUGGCGCGGUUUACAUGGGGGCGUUGUUCUUCGCGAUCAUCAUAAUCAUGUUUAACGGUUUCUCUGAACUUGCUUUGACAAUCUUGAAACUUCCUGUCUUCUACAAGCAGAGGGACUUCCUCUUCUUUCCCUCUUGGGCAUAUUCUCUGCCCACAUGGGUCCUUAAGAUCCCUAUCACUUUUGUAGAAGUUGGAAUUUGGGUGGUAAUGACUUACUACGUCGUGGGAUUUGAUCCAAACGCCGGAAGAUUCUUCAAGCAGUUUCUCUUGCUCCUUCUUGUGAACCAAAUGGCAUCCGCGCUAUUCCGUUUGAUCGGGGCGUUAGGACGGAACAUCAUCGUUGCGAAUACAUUUGGAUCAUUUGCUUUACUGACAGUUCUUGUUUUGGGUGGAUUCGUCUUAGCUCGAGGUGAUGUGCAUCCCUGGUGGAUUUGGGGCUACUGGAUCUCUCCAAUGAUGUAUGCACAAAAUGCACUAGCUGUGAAUGAGUUUCUUGGCCACAAGUGGAGACAUUUGGCUCCUAACUCGACGGAAUUUCUGGGAGUUUCGGUCUUAAAAUCUCGCGGAAUCUUCCCACAAGCGAGUUGGUAUUGGAUUGGAGUUGGAGCUACAAUUGGAUAUAUUUUGCUGUUCAAUUUUCUUUUUACUAUAGCCUUAAAAUACCUUGAUCCUUUUGAGAAGCCUCAGGCUGUCCUGUCGAAAGAGUCAUCGACUGACAAAAGUGUGAAGAAAUCACAAGAGGUUCAAGAAUUGGAGCUGUCAUCAAAGGGGAAGAGCUCUUCUGAGAGAAGGACUGAAAAUCAGCUCAGUUUAUCAUCUAGGACUUCAUCUGCAAGAGUUGGAAGCAUUAGUGAAGCAGAUCCGAACAAGAAGAGGGGAAUGGUUCUUCCUUUUGAACCCCAUUCGAUCACUUUCGACGAAAUCCGAUAUGCAGUAGACAUGCCACAGGAAAUGAAAUCUCAAGGUAUCACCGAGGAUCGACUCGAACUUUUGAAGGGUGUAAGCGGUUCGUUUCGGCCUGGGGUCCUAACAGCCCUGAUGGGAGUAAGCGGUGCUGGAAAAACUACACUAAUGGAUGUACUUGCUGGGAGAAAAACUGGUGGAUACAUAGAGGGAAGCAUUACCAUUUCUGGGUAUCCUAAAAAGCAGGAAACAUUUGCUCGGAUUUCUGGAUACUGUGAACAAACUGAUAUACAUUCUCCCCAUGUUACGGUCUAUGAGUCGCUUGUUUAUUCGGCAUGGUUGCGGUUGCCUCCCGAGGUCGAUUCUGCUACAAGAAAGAUGUUUGUUGAGGAAGUUAUGGAACUCAUUGAGCUCAACCCAUUAAGAGAUGCAAUUGUGGGAUUGCCUGGUGUCAAUGGACUUUCGACAGAGCAACGCAAGAGACUAACAAUUGCGGUCGAGCUUGUUGCGAAUCCAUCGAUAAUAUUCAUGGAUGAACCAACCUCAGGUCUUGAUGCAAGGGCAGCAGCCAUUGUAAUGAGAACAGUGAGGAACACAGUUGACACUGGCAGAACCGUGGUCUGCACCAUUCACCAACCAAGCAUUGAUAUAUUUGAUGCUUUUGAUGAGCUAUUUUUGUUAAGACGUGGCGGGGAAGAGAUAUACGUCGGUCCAAUAGGUCGACACUCGUCACAAUUAAUCGAGUACUUCGAGAGCAUUGAGGGAGUUCCCAAGAUCAAAGAUGGCUACAACCCUGCAACUUGGAUGUUGGAAGUCACCACAGCAGGACAAGAAGCAACUCUUGGAGUUAACUUCAACACAUUAUACAAAGAUUCAGAACUAUAUAGGAGAAACAAGGCCUUGAUCAAGGAACUAAGUGUGGCAACUGAAAAUUCAAAAGAGUUGUAUUUUCCUACCAAAUACUCCCAAUCUUUCGUCAUCCAAUGCAUGGCUUGCCUAUGGAAACAGCACCUUUCAUACUGGAGAAACCCACCAUACAGUGCAGUGAGAUUCUUGUUCACAACCUUCAUAGCCUUAAUGUUUGGGACAAUCUUUUGGGAUCUGGGAUCCAAGAGAGGCACCCAACAAGACCUCUUCAAUGCCAUGGGAUCAAUGUAUGCUGCUGUUCUCUUCAUUGGAGUACAAAAUGCCACUUCAGUUCAGCCAGUUGUGGCCAUUGAAAGAACUGUCUUUUACAGAGAAAGAGCAGCAGGAAUGUACUCAGCUUUGCCAUAUGCCUUUGGACAGGUUGCCAUUGAACUCCCAUACAUCUUCAUUCAGACAAUUGUGUAUGGGGUGAUAGUAUAUGGGAUGAUUGGAUUUGAAUGGACUGCUGCCAAGUUCUUUUGGUACAUCUUCUUCAUGUACUUCACCUUGCUCUACUUCACCUUUUAUGGGAUGAUGACUGUGGCUGUCACCCCCAACCACAACAUUGCUGCCAUUGUUUCCUCUGCAUUCUAUGGCUUCUGGAACCUAUUCUCCGGCUUCAUCGUCCCUCGAACGAGAAUCCCAAUAUGGUGGAGAUGGUACUACUGGAUCUGCCCUGUGGCAUGGACACUAUAUGGGUUGGUGACAUCCCAAUUUGGGGAUAUUUCAGAGCAAAUGGACACAAAUCAAACAGUAGCAGAGUUUGUGAGCAGUUAUUUUGGGUACAAACAUGACUUUUUGGGGGUUGUUGCAGCAGUUCAUGUGGGGAUUACAGUCUUAUUUGGUUUCAUCUUUGCCUUCUCAAUCAAGGUCUUUAAUUUCCAAAAGAGAUGAUUUUUUCAAGAAAAAAAAAAUGCAAAGUUUUUAGGUUUA